AUGUAUACAGCAAAUGUAUACAGUAGAAUAGCAAAAUGAUUUAUUGGUGGAAAAAAUUUUUAUGGUGUUUCAUUGCAUGAUUUCUAUGUACCUGAACUUGAAACAGUGUCAGAAACAAAAGCUAAACUUGUUCAACGUCGCAGAGAUGUAACUAUACGUAUAAAAAGAAAUCAACAAGAUAUGACAAAUCCAGAUGUCAGCAAAUUUAUACCUAAAGAGCAAUAUCAUAGAAAAAAGAAGAACCCUGCUUUACCACUUACACAAGCCCGUCAAACUCAACAUUAUCCUGGGGAAAUAUUAUCCUCUAUUUAUGACGGUAUACCACAAAAUCUAGAUCCAAGACCAGUAUCUGAACUUAGUUUACCUUCAACUUCAUACAGUCAUCUAGAAAAUAAUUCUGUUCCAUUUGCAUCAUCACAAGCUCCUUAUCACCCAAAUGAAGCUAUAAUUAGAACACGUAAACACAAAGAAACUACAUUGAAAUCUGAGGGUACAAAAAACAAAAGAAAAAAUUACAAGGGGCAGUAUGUUAAUAAUAAUGUCAAAAUUAGAGUAGUUAGACCUCAACUUGGAGACACAAGUAGCAUAGUGAAAUGGGAUACAUCAAAUAAGAAUGUAGUUUCCAACCCAAAGAAGCUUCAGAGUAAUAUGACUAUUAAAUUAAUACCAAAGAGUGGUGAUGAUAGAAAAAGGAUUAUAAUAAAGGAUCCAAGUGUAUCACAAUUGGUAGAACCAAGUGAAGAUCUUCAAUGUUUAAUUAAAGAAGCAAAAUCUCAGGUACGAGCGGCUAUGCAGAUGAAUAUACUAGAGAAAAUCUUGGCAAGAGAAAGUGAUCUGUGUGGGAAAGUGAGUUCACCGAUGAGCGUUAGUAAAGACACAAGAGACAUCGACAUCGACAACAAUAAACGUCGAACGCCGAAAGAAGACGUCGAGAACGCCGAGACGUCUUUUGUUUUUUUCCACACUUUCCCCGCGGACCGCGCGACGUUUGGCGAAGAACGAUCAUUUGACAACGUGGAUUUCGUGCGAGUAUUCGAAAAGAUGCUAAAUAUUAAUCCUAUUAAUGUAAUAACUUUACUGUCUGCUGCGUUUGUUGAGUGGAACCAGGGACCCACAGCAAUUAAUAGCGCAGAAGAAAAUUUAAGGGAUGUAUUAUUCGAUUUAAUUGUAAGAAGUGUCGAAGUCACGGGAUUCCUGGUUGAACAUGAAACGUGUGUUGAAAUGGACGGGACGCCUAUCGAACAAGAAAUUCAGGAUGCUGAUUUGAACUGGUUAGAUGAAGAGGAGGAAAAUAGGACACCGAAUGUUCCAAACAUGUACGAAGAAAACGUUGUAUGUCAUUCGAAUAAGGAAUACAUCCCAUUCGAAUAUAAAAGGAAAGCUGUGGCGUACUGGAACAACGAUCUAUGUCAAUGA